UUAGUUGGCAUCAUAAAAAUUUAGAUUUAGAUUAGAAAUAGUCAUAUCCUAAUAACUUCAAAUCAAAAGGUGCAAAAAAAUGUUGAAUCUUAACCCUAAGGGCUCCCACACUCGAGUCCGACAAGAUAUGUAGACGAGGUAUAAAUCCUCCCCUGCAUUUUCUUCUCCGACCUUCAGCUGCUUCUUCAACCCAGAAAGCUUUCGCUCUCUCCGGCAAUGGACGAUCGAUUGCGGUUCCGCAUAGGGGUAUUCUUACCCCUAAUUCUUCUGAAUUCGAUUUGCGCUCAUGCCGCCGUUUCGAGCAUAGAUCUGGGCUCCGAAUCGCUGAAAGUCGCCGUGGUGAACCUGAAACCGGGGCAACCUCCGAUCUCCAUCGCCAUUAACGAGAUGUCGAAGCGCAAAACCCCUUCUUUAGUCGCGUUCCUUUCUGGGGCGCGGUUAAUCGGCGAGGAAGCUUCGGGUCUCCUGGCUCGCUACCCGGACAAGGUUUUUUCUCACCUCAGGGAACUCAUCCGUAAACCCUAUGAUCACGCCGUCAAGUACCUGGACUCCCUUCACUUGAGAUACGAUGUUUUCCCAGAGGAGUCGAGGAAUGUGGCCGUUUUUCGGACAGAGAACGGGAAUUUCACGGCAGAGGAGCUGGUGGCGAUGGUGCUGAAGUACGCGGUUGGGCUAGCUGAGACUCACGUGCGAGGCGGGUCAGUGAAGGAUGUUGUAUUGACAGUGCCGCCAUACAUGGGAGUCGCUGAGAGAAAUGGGCUUCUUACUGCGGCCCAGCUUGCCGGGAUCAAUGUGCUUGCGCUCGUUAACGAGCAUUCUGGUGCUGCAUUGCAGUAUGGGAUUGACAAGGAUUUCUCCAAUGGAUCAAGGCACGUGAUCUUCUAUGAUAUGGGGGCAGGUAGCACUUAUGCUGCUCUUGUGUAUUUCUCAGCUUACAAUACCAAGGAAUUUGGGAGGACCGUGUUAGUUAACCAGUUCCAGGUAAAGGAUGUUAGAUGGGACGCUGAGCUUGGGGGUGAACAGUUUGAGUUAAGGUUGGUAGAGUACUUUGCAGACGAGUUCAACAAAGAGCUUGGAAAUGGGGUAGAUGUGAGGACGUCUUCCAAGGCAAUGGCCAAAUUGAAGAAACAGGUUAAGCGUACAAAAGAAAUACUCAGUGCAAACACAGCGGCUCCAAUCUCUGUCGAGUCCUUCUAUGAUGAUCGUGAUUUUCGGAGCACAAUCACCCGUGAGAAGUUUGAAGAGCUAUGCGAAGAUUUGUGGGAAAAAGCUAUCGUUCCUUUGAAAGAAGUUCUGAGGAACUCUGGUUUGAAGGUUGAUGAAAUUUAUGAAGUAGAGCUCAUCGGAGGUGGCACUCGAGUGCCAAAAUUACAGGCCAAGCUUCAAGAGUUUCUUGGGAGAAAAGAGCUAGACAGACAUUUGGAUGCAGACGAAGCUAUUGUUCUUGGUGCCUCACUUCAUGCUGCAAAUCUAAGCGAUGGGAUAAAAUUGAACCGCAAGCUAGGCAUGAUUGAUGGUGCACCAUAUGGAUUUGUGAUUAAUGUAGAUGGUCCAGAUUUGUCCAAAGACGAGAGCACCAAUCAAUUCUUAAUACCUCGAAUGAAAAGGCUACCCAGUAAGUUGUUCAGAUCCAUUAUUCAUGACAAAGAUUUUGAAGUUUCACUUGCUUAUGAGAGCAAAGAGUUGCUACCACCUGGCACCACUUCACUCACAUUUGCUCAAUAUGCAGUAGGAGGACUAGCAGAUGCUACACAGAAAUAUGCCGCAAGAAAUAUUUCUGCUCCAAUCAAGACCAAUCUGCAUUUCUCUCUUAGUAGAAGUGGAAUAUUUUCUCUGGAUCGGGCUGAUGCCGUUAUUGAAAUAUCGGAAUGGGUUGAUUUGCCAAAAAAGUAUCUGACAGUGGAUAACUCAACAUCUACUGCUUCCAAUUCAACAUCUACUGCUUCCAAUACCACUUCAGAGGAUAGUGGUGAAAAACUGGAUGUGGAGGGAGGAUUGGCUAGUGAUUCAUCCAAUUCCACUGCAAAUAAUGCUUCUGCAGCAGAUCUGGGUGCAGAGAAGAAACUGAAAAAGCGGACUUUUCGUGUUCCUCUUAAGAUUACCGAGAAGACACUGGGUCCAGGAAUGCCUCUUUCAGACAAGUCUUUGAGCGAAGCUAAAUUGAAAUUGGAUGAACUGGACAGUAAAGAUGCCGAGAGGAGAAGAACUGCUGAAUUAAAGAACAACCUGGAAAGCUACAUAUAUGAUACAAGAGAAAAGAUUGAGUCGGAGGAAUUUGAAAAAAUUUCGACUGAACAAGAGCGCAAAUCCUAUAUUGAGAAACUUGAUGAGGUACAAGAUUGGUUGUACACUGAUGGUGAAGAUGCCUUAGCCACUGAAUUUCAGAAACAUCUAGAUAUGCUUAAGGCUAUUGGGGAUCCAAUAUUCCACAGGUAUAAUGAGCUUACGGCACGCCCUGCUGCAUCUGAACAUGCCCGAAGUUACCUCACUGAAAUGCAACAGAUUGUGCAUCGAUGGGAAACAGAUAAGUCUUGGCUUCCUAAAGCAAGAAUAGACGAGGUUAUGAAUGAGGCUGAGCAGUUGAAGGAUUGGUUGAGCAAGAAGGAAGCUGAGCAGGAUAAGACUCCAGCGCAUAGCAAGCCAGCAUUCACAUCAGAAGAAGUAUACGAGAAGUUAUUUGAUCUUCAAGAUAAGGUGGCCAAGGUCAAUAAAAUUCCCAAACCAAAGCCAAAAGUUGAGAAGCCAGCUACAAACGAAACGGAGGGUAGAGAGGAGAAAGAAAACAACAACUCAUCUCCUCCCGAGGAAGAGGUGCCCUCCCAAAAAGAGCAAACUGGAGAUUCCGAGAAACCAGACAGUGGUGACAAUACCAGUGUUGAAUCGGACACUGAUGGCCAGCCUGAAGGCCAUGACGAGUUAUGAUUUGCUAGAACGAAUUCAUGCAGAGAUCAAUUAGAGACGCUAAUAGUGACUUCCCCAGGAGAGGACACACAAUGUGAAGCCUAUUGUUUCUUGAUGCCACUUUUUGUUUGUCAAUCACGAAUUAGUCCCCGUCAAGACACAAGAAGAGAAAUUAUACACUCCAUUUGAUAGUAUUUGUAGUAUGAAGCACUUGUGUAAACUCCAAGGAUAUUUGUCAGCAUUUGGGCUGCAGAAAGAAUUUUGAGCACAUUUAUAGCAAAUUUCUCAGAUGUG